AAUAAGUAGGCAUCUUACGAAAAGAAGUGACUUUACUAACGAAGCUUUACAUCUAACUUUUUGCAGCUGAUUGUUCGUGUAAACGUUUUCAUUCGAGAGAUUUACUCAGUAAAUGAGUUGAAUAGAGAAAUGUCGUUACAGGUGAGUCUAAAUGGAUUCAACAAAACAAUCAUACAGCAUAACCCACACACAUAGUGUUUUCCCUGGUACAAUGAUACUGUUCAUACGGUUGCAGCUAAUACUCCGCCUGCGAUGGCGCGAUGAGCGCCUCAUUUUCAACUCGUCUCGACUGAACUAUAUACUUGUGGGACGGUCGAGGUCGGAAAGAUUGUGGGUGCCGGACAUGUUUAUUACUAACGAAAAGGAGGCCCAGGUUCACAAGACGCUUAGCGACAACGCGCUUAUCCGGAUCUACCCAAAUGGACAGGUUCAGCACAGCGUUCGCAUCUCCUUGUCUCUAUCAUGCCCUGUCAACGCAAGCUGGUUCCCGUUUGGGUCAGUGUCCUGCCCGCUGCGAGUGGCGUCCUACUCUCGUGAACUUACCGAGAUGCAACUUAGCUGGGAUGACGGUGGCCUUGCCUUUUACAGGGGCAUUGAACUCGAUGGCUACCGAUUAGAAAAUUUUUCUAUUCGGACAGAACAGUGCGUAACGUCCAUAAAGCUCGGCAAGUUUUCAUGUGUAUCAUCGGUAAUCCGGUUACGCCGACUUCCACGUCGUUGGCUGUUCACGCUCUUCGUGCCUUGUGUUGUAUUAGCCGGGUGCGCAGCUAUCACUGCCUCGUUUAGACGGAAGAACGAGCACAUCGUAAACGCGCUUUGUUUUGUUGCAGUUAUUGGAAUUACCCUUCAAGUCUCGAACGCGCCAUCCAGUGACGUCAUCCAUGCCGUUGAUGCUUGGGUUCUUCUUGUUUAUGGCUUCUUCCUAUUUCAUAUCGUUUUAAUCAGCUAUCCCAAAAGCAAAACUAACGGCUGCUGCUCCAGACGAGAAAAUUCGAAUCAGCUGCCCCGAACGACGCGACGAUUCCUUGAAGAUAACGCACGCAUAGUAUUUUAUGGGAUCUUCUCCGCGAUUACCUUAACUUACUUCAUUGUUGUUCGCCUUUGUACAGAUUAGUUCAUAAAUACCACAUGUGUGUUACGACGCAGUGAAGCUCCAGAGCAGAUGCGAUAAGAACCAUUUGACAAAAUACAACAUCGCCAAAAUGGAGGCCAUUUCUGCUGAAAAUUGGAACGGUACACAAUAAUGUGCUCUGCGCUCUAUAUGAAAAUCAAUACAUGUAUUGCAUAACUAUUGCUAGGUAUUUUAUCGGAUUUUACGCAUAACUUUUUUCCUUUAUAGGUAACAAGGAUCCACGAAGUUCACCCCAUGAAACACCCA